ACUCUACUGUAGCAUUCCACGAAGGUUGUCGAGAAACUCAAGUUAUCGUAUUUUCAACGUCUACACUUCGCUGAAAAACAGCUGGUUUUAAUGAGUCAGGUGAAGUCGUCCUUAUGUCUCAGAUAAUGGAGGAAACUAGCAGAGACACUGUAGACGUGGAAGACGACUUCGGGCCUACUAACACUGAGGGGAACAACAACACCACGCCAUUAUACGAAUAUGAUCCCUACGAGAGUUUCAACCUAUUCUCUCUAGAAGACUUAAUCCCAACUAGCAUUGUCUACGGACUUACUCUAAUUAUUGGACUGACUGGAAAUACCCUCAUUAUAUACACAGUUGUCCGCUUCAAACGCAUGCGCACUAUCAAUAAUAUUUUCUUGGCAAGUUUGGCUUCUGCUGAUUUGCUUUUAAUUACCUUCUGUGUUCCUGUAAUGUAUGCUAAAUUGUUUUCCUAUUCCUGGACGUUCGGAGAAUUUUGCUGUAAAUUCGUAUACUACAUUCAAAACGUUUCGUCUAUUUGUUCUGUGCUAACACUAACAGCUAUGAGUGUUGAAAGGUAUUAUGCUAUCAUACACCCAGUUCAGUCACGCUGUAUGUGUACAACAAAUCAAGCUCGCCGGCUUAUUAUUGCUAUCUGGAUUGUAUCGUUGGUGUUAGCCAUUCCUAUAAUACUUGUUCAGGUUCAUUUGGAAGUUGGAGAACGAAUCCCAGCUUACUGGUGUGUCCGAAAUUGGUACAGCCCAGUUCUAUGGAGCAUUUAUGAAGUUUACAUGUUUAUUCUGAUACUGGUUGUGCCAUCUGCUGUUAUGAGCUACACUUACACUAGAAUUUGUCUUCAAUUGUGGGUCGUUGUAAAAGAACGAGCUAAUAUGACGUCAGGAAUUACAGGCAACUCCUUAGAGCUGUCGGUCCAUGUGCAGAGCCACCGAACAUCUUGUAAUAGAGCAGUAAAACCCAGAAUUACAGUUCACAGAGUUGAAGAUGAUAAUGCCCAAGUAAAGCAG